GUGUGUGUUUUCCUGGACGCAGUAUAACCCAAAGAGGAAAGUACUAGAAAUAUUCGUACUUGCCUCACGAAGGGUCGCACCGUAACACUGGGUGCAUCUGCCAUGACGCUUCCUUGGAAAAAGAGACGAAGAUUAAUUCGUUUUGUUAUAAGUUAUAUGUUGCCUUGUGUAUUUGUGGUGACGGUGGGAUUGGCUUUGCUGCAGCCAUAUUCCGAUGCUACUUUGGGUAGUAUAUUAAAUGGAUUACGGGGUAGCGGAAUGACUGGGACCCAGGAAAGUUUGUUAAGUGAAUUGUGCCCGCCUCUGCACCUCCAGGAACCUGCGUGGGGACCAGCUGCUCCGCGGCGUUCUGAAAGAAAUGGUUGGGCAAAAAGAGGUGAAAAUUGGAAAUCUGAGUCGGGUCGUGCAAAAGCACCUCAAGUAUUCCUGAUAGAAGAGGCGGACUUCUGCCGGCGGCGUCCUCGCCUGCAGGUGAUCGCGUACGUCCACUCGGCCAUCAGCCGCGUGCAGGAGAGGCAAGAGACCCGCUCCACCUGGGCCAACGCCACGGCGUCUGGCCUCGGCGUCGACAUCGCCGCCGUGUUCAUGGUGGGACGAGCCAAGGACGAGAGGGAGAGGAAGAUUGUUCAGGAGGAAAGCCAGCGCUACCAUGACAUCGUCCAGGGCGACUACGACGACGAUUAUCAUCUUCUCACGUACAAAGGCCUGACCGCCCUGGCGUGGAUCGCUGAACACUGCGGUCGAGUGCCCUGGACUCUCCAUUCUGACGAUGACACUUUCAUCGACAUAUUCACUUACAUGGAGAGGCUGAACGCGCUCGACGAAACAUCUAAAGACCGCUUCAUCUGCAAUCACAAAGUAGAGCCCGUCUUGCGGACUGGUCGCUGGAAGGUGGAGGAAUGGGAAUUUCCGGACGCCGAAUAUCCUACGUACUGCUCCGGGGGUGUCUGGUUCCUGCGGACGAAACUUGUACCGAGGUUGCUCUACGCUUGUCGGACUGUCCCUUUCCUGUGGGUGGACGACGUCUACAUAACGGGCCUGUUAGCGCAGGCGGCGAACGUCAGCCACUUCAACGGCGGCGGACACUGCUUCGAGGCUUUGAAGCCGGCGGACAUUGGGAAAAUGCUUGUUUGGUUUUAUCCACAAAUGAACCGAAAUGUUUUCUGGCGAAUCUUAAUUGAUUUUCACAGGAAAGUGCCGUUUUCGUUCGUUAUUGUUUAACGGUAGAGACAUUCUAUAGAGCAAUAUCUAAAAAAAAUAAUAUAUUAUUGAUUAGUGAUACUUAAGAUACAUGAAAUAAAAGUAUAAUUAUUUUCCUACAUCAGCGUGACUCUUUCCUUAACUUAUAUCGAUUUCUGUACUGCUUGGUCAAUACGUAUUAUGAGCAUGAAAGAGUAUACCGGGUGUGAUAGCAAAUGAAGAGAGAAUCAGUUUACAAAAGAGUACUGUUGUUUAUAAAACUGUACGUUCUGUAUCGUGUUUAAAUGUAAAAGAUUAUUUGAAAAAUGCCCCUUUAAGAAAAAUAAUGAUUUCCACGUCUAUAAAAAUAAACACAUGCAAGAUCUCCGUCAUAGCGUAUGAUUAUUUUUGUAUAAAAAUAAUAUCUUAUUUUCCGAGAGAACUACUUGUACCGUGAAACAUCCUCAAAGUUUAUGAUUUGGUCGAACUAUUGAAUUGUAUAGCUAAUGUGACUUGAGUUAACUCAGAAAUCUUACAUAGCUCCAUAAAAGGUAAUUGUAUAAAUAAAAAAUGCGCAUUGAUUCCGAUGACAUUUUAAAAAGAAAACGAGUGGCUGCAGUGUACGUUGCCAACAGUGGAAACCGACAAUGGUGGAUUUAUACUGAUAUAGAAAAAAUGCCUAUUCAGAUAC